AAUGUAAGCCAAAUUACCUGGAGGAAAUGGUCAUCUCUCACCUAAUUUACAUAUUAAUGAAAUCGCCUAUCUUGGUGCUCACAAUUCACCUAUGUCAAAAUGUUAUGGAUGGAAAUAUACACAACAAAAUGUCUCUAUAACAGAGUAGUUUGAAAAGCAUGGUGCCAGGCAUUUCAAAUUCCCAUUACAUUGGCACCUUGAAAAGGGAGUCCCUUAGGUAUUUUUUAUUUAGUAUUUUCGAUCGUCAUUGCACAUGAAGGAGAUGGUGGAUCCAAUUGUAAAUUAAGUGUCUUAUAAAGACUUUUUACUGAUCCAGAAUCAGCUUGUCAUCGUCUGAAAGAAUUAUUUAAUUUGGCCUACAAGUAUCCAAAUGAAA